GACUUCCGCACUACAAAGGUUCCGACGGUAAUUCCGGUGCGGCCCAUCUUUCUUUUCGUUCAGAAAGCAGCUCUGUAAUUUAACAUCAGCUAGUCAGUCCGCACGGUUAAUGACUGUCUGCUGGGGGUUGGUGAGAUAUACGGUGUGCCGAUCCUUUCAUGUGCUUUAAAGUACAUCUGUGGUUUGUCAGGGUUAGAGAUGGACACCAGUCAGCAGUCCAAAGAGGGUCCGGACCGGUCCGACCUGGUUUCUGAGGAUGGCAAGAACAACAAGUCUGUGGUGUGUCAGCGCUGCGGAUCCAAGGUGCUGUGCCCGGGGAUGGCUGUGUUUGCAGAGAAAGAGCUGUUCCUACCGUCCAUGCGGAAAAAGAGCGGCCUCAACUCCACGGAGGGCUCAGUGGACGGCGACACCCUGACCGCCCACUGGUUUGUGGACGACAUGUACACUUUUGAGAAUGUGGGCUUCACCAACGACGUGGGGAGAAUCAAGUAUCUCAUCUGUGCAGAUUGUGAGAUUGGACCAAUUGGCUGGCACUGUUUGGAUGACAAGAAGAGUUUCUACGUGGCUGUGGAAAGGGUGAAUCAUGCGUAGUCUAAAUGCAUAUGUGAGCCCACAAGAACUGAAAAAAAAAUGUGUUGGCAGGCUAUGCAUCUUUUCAUGGAUUUACACCCAGUUGAGCUCAACUUAACCCAACACACUCACACUCACACACACACACACACACUCUCACACUCUCACACACAAGCUUACAUAUACUGUAACAUGUACAUCGUGUCACUUUCAUUCUCCUCUCUCACAGUGACAACAGUAUGACCAUCCUGUUCUAAUAAAGAUGUUUUCGGGGGAUGUUGAAUGCCA